ACCACAACAAAAUCUUGAUGAACUCUUUUUUUCCCUUGCAGAGUGUGACGGUGACAAAACCUUUAUCAGACAUGAAAGAUAAACCAGAUUGGAAAAUGCAGAGUUUUCAUGAUCUGCAAUGGACGGGAGUCCGGAGACCCCAGACGGCGGUAUGGAGGAUCCCCAAAAAGGAUGCCCGGAAAGAAAAGUACAGCAAGUCAGCCAAGGAGCCUGUCUGUUCCUAUGAAAUUCAGUCUCCAGGACUUUCAUCUAGCCUGGCGUUUUCUUUUGAAAGCAACAUUUCUUCUCAAGUCAUCGACUUGCACACAUCCAAUGGACCACACCAUGGAUACUGUAGGAGUGGCAGCUUUACGCUCCCGAUGGACAGGAAACUCCCUCACAUUCAUAGCUCCACUGAUUACCCCAGAAGCAACAUUUGGGAUGAAUCAUCGCUGAGUCUCUAUCAAAAUGGACAUCAAAGUCCUCAGACAUAUCUCACCUCUGUGGAGAUAAAGUCGCCGUGGUAUAUAACGGUGCUCCAUGAAAAGGUAGAAUUUACCAACUUCUGUGUGUUUCCUAAUUUAAACUCCACUGAUUACCCCAGAAGCAACAUUUGGGAUGAAUCAUCGCUGAGUCUCUAUCAAAAUGGACAUCAAAGUCCUCAGACAUAUCUCACCUCUGUGGAGAUAAAGUCGCCGUGGUAUAUAACGGUGCUCCAUGAAAAGGAGCGAUGUCUUUUAAAGUUGGGAGAAGAGAUAAAUCGUCUCUCCAGGUACGAAGUGGAUAGUAAGCGGAAGGAUCAAAUCAUUUCAACUCUCAGGAAUGAGAUCUCUCAGCUUCAGGGCGAUCUCCAGCAGACAAGCCGACCACGUACCAGCAGAGAGGAGGACUGUUCUUCAUUAGAGCAGAUGGAUCAUGUAAGCUCCCAUAGUACAAAUGGAUUUCCUGACAUCGAGGAAUUCUCCACUGGUCAUGAUGGAAUACAAGAGGUUCUGAAUUCACCAUCAAGUCACAAGGAUCUGUCCAUAAGCUCAGAGAGAAAUGUUUCCACUAUAUCCUUAGCUGGGAGCUUCUCUGAGAUGCAGAGAGACAGUCACAGCCCACCAAUAGAAGUUGAGCAGAGCUUACAUGAUGAUGAGAACACGGCACAUUUGUUAGAUGGAGAGAACAUAGCACAAGAACAGAUCAUGGACUUCACAGCUACACCAGAGGAUCAGAUUGCCGGUGCUCCAUCUGUGGAUGAAUCCGAGGAAAUAAGUCCAAUUCUACAGAAACUUCAGGAGGAAAUAGAGGUCCUAAAGAAGGAUUAUGAAAUCUCAAAAGGUGCCAUCUCCUCUCUGCAGAAAACUAUCUUCUCCUACGAGUCCAAGCUCAGAAAAUCGGAGUCUAAAAAAGAAAGUUUACAUAGGGAACUCGUAGAAAGGGGAGUACAGCUGCAGGCGAUGUCUAACAAGUUUUCCAGCAUGCGUGAAGAUAGGAAGCAUGCAGAGAUUAUGGCAGCAAUGGAGAAAGAGAUUUAUAACCUGAGACAGCUGGCAUCUGAACUGAAAUCAGAGGUGAGCAAGAGGAAUGAUCUGAUUGGGGACCUAAAGAGUGACAUUCAGAGGCUUCAGAAGGAGAUCCUGGAGUGCCAGAUACAAAUGAGGAGGCAAGAGGAAGAGAGAAACCAAACAGAGAGCAAAGUUGGGGACCUGACAACGUCUGAGCAACAGGUCAGAGUGGAUCUGGAGGCAUUACAGUCCAAGUUCGAGAGGUUCCGCAGUAAAAUAAUACAAGCCGCUUACACAGCUCCGGGGUUCAAAGGUCCGCAGGUGGAAGUCUCCGAUAAUGAAAUCCUUGAAACCAUGCAAAAAAUAAUCGCAGAGAGGUCAGAUUUCUACCAGCAGCUAAAACAGAAAGGAGUCAAAAUUCCGCCGUUAUACCUAUCAGAAACCUCCGCCUUUGCCAAGCAAUCAUCCUCAACCAUGAGGAAGAAAACACAGUGA